AUGGCCGCCGAGAGACCCGAGAAGAAGGACAAGAAGGACAAGAAGGAGAAGCGCAGCGAAGAGGCCGGCGUGAGCAAGGCCAAGAAGGACAAGAAGGAUAAGCGGGACAAGAAGGAUAAGCUGGCCGCCGCCGUCGAGGGCUCGCUGCAGCUGCAGGAUGCCGCGUCGCCGCUGAAGGCCAAGGCGGCCGACGCCGACGACGAUACCGACAUGGAGGGCCAGGACGUCCAGGACGCCGGGCCCCUGGAGAGGACGGUUGUGCCGUUUGCGGUGCCCGUGGCGGAUGAGAAGGGCAUGAAGAAGGUCUACAAGACUAUCCGGAAAGCCGCCAAGAACGGCACCCUCAAGCGCGGCGUCAAGGAAGUCGUCAAGGCCCUGCGCAAAUCCCCGCCCUCGGCCCCCGGCUACACCUCGUUCCCCGGCCUCGUCGUCAUCGCCGGCGACAUCUCCCCGCAAGACGUCAUCUCCCACCUGCCCGUCCUAUGCGAGGACCACAACGUGCCUUUCAUCUUCGUCACCUCGCGCGCCGAGCUCGGCGCCUCGGCCAAGACCAAGCGGCCCACCAGCGUCGUCAUGAUCAUGGAGAAGCUCGAGGCCGCCGCCAAGAAGAAGCAGCAGGCAAAGGACGCCGACAAGGACAAGGAUGCCGAGGGCGAGGCCGACGAGGCCUUUGCCGAGUCGUACGCCUCGCUGGUCAAGUACGUGCAGAAGGAAUACGCGAGGCAAGCCUUUUGGGCCAAGGGCGAGUCAAAGGCAUGA